AUGUCUACUUUUUGGGCGAAGUCGUACACAUAUGUAUUCGAUACUACAUACCUCGAUACCGUCAAUAAAUCAAGAAAUAAACCGUGGAUUGCAGACAUAAAUGUAAACGAAACAAAUAUUUUAUUCAAAAUCGACAGCGGCGCUGACGUCACAGUGAUACCUUUAACAGUAUAUCAACAACGAAAACUACGGUCAACACUCAAGUCGACUGGCAAAGUUUUUAUGGGCCCGUGCAAUUGCAAAAUGAACUGUGUAGGAACAUUUACUUCACAGCUGCGACACGAGGACAAGACAACUAUAGAAGACAUAUUCGUCGUUAAAGGACUCGAAAGAUCAUUAUUAGGAAUACAAGCAGUCCACAGUCUGAAUUUACUCAACUGUGUCGACGCUCUAAACAGCAACGAAAUGAAAGAAAGCGCUAAAGAAAAGUAUCCCAAUCUUUUCACUGGUCUUGAACAAAUUAAAGACCAAGAGUAUGAUAUUAAAGCCACGCACGACGCAACACCUUUUGCAAUCACGGUUCCACGACAAGUUCCGAUACCACUUCGAAAAGAAACCGAACGGGAAUUACAAAGAAUGGAAUGCAACGGAGAAAUAUCUCGAGUUGAAGAUCCAACCGAAUGGUGCGCCCCGAUGGUCGUAACGCCAAAAAGCAAUGGAAAAAUUCGAGUAUGCGUAAAUCUCACAAAGCUUAAUCAGUUUGUGCAACGUGAAAACCAUCCCCUACCAACAACCGACAUGACAUUUGAAAACCUUGCUGGAGCUCGGUAUUUUUCAAAGUUAGACGCCAACUCUGGAUUUUGUCAAAUCAAGCUCUCGGAAAGAUCAAAACCUCUAACAACGUUCAUAACACCCUGGGGACGGCACUGUUUCAACGUUCUUCCUUUCGGAAUAAGUUCAGGGUCUGAAAAGUUUCAGAAAUAUAUGUGCGAAAUUCUCGAAGGUUUGGAUGGCGUCGAAUGCAACAUCGAUGAUGUUCUAGUUCACGGUGCAACACAAGAAGAACACGACCGAAGAUUGGAAGCGGUUCUCCAACGACUUGGUAAUGCCAACGUCACGCUAAAUGCAAAAAAGUGUGUUUUUAACGUCUCGAGUGUGAAAUUCGUAGGUCAGCUCGUGGGAGCCGAUGGCAUCAAACCCGAUCCAGAGAAAAUACAAGCGAUUCUCGAAAUUCCACACCCAACCACCCUACAUGAAGUCCGUUCCUUUCUUGGAAUGGUAAACCAAUUUAGCAAAUUUACCACCAAUCUUGCUGACCUGACAAAGCCCAUCCGAGGACUGCUAGUUACGAACACUGCGUGGACAUGGGGACUACCACAACAAGACGCUUUUGAUAAAAUCAAGAAAGCCCUGACAUCAGCACUGAUACUAAACUUGUACGACCCCAACAAAGUAACCAAAAUAGCAGCUGACGCAUCAUCAUACGGCCUUGGAGCGGUGGUGCUGCAAGAAGAAGAACCAGACACCUGGAAACCCGUAUCAUUCAUUUCAAGAUCGAUGACAACAACCGAGGCUAGGUAUGCCCAGAUAGAGAAAGAAGCUCUUGCGGUAACUUGGGCAUGUGAAUGGUGA